AGGAACCGGACGAUUGUUUUGUGCGUCAAACCAACACCUGCUUCUUAUACGGGUACGAGUAUUUGGGCAACUCUGGUAGGCUGGUUAUUACCCCUCUAACCGACAGAUGCUACAUCACCCUCACAACCGCGCUUCAUCUACACCGUGGUGGUUCGCCGAAAGGUCCAGCUGGGACAGGCAAGACGGAGACAGUAAAGGACCUAGGCAAAUCGCUCGGGGACUAUGUGAUUGUCGUGAACUGCUCCGAGGGCUUGGACUACAAAUCCAUGGGUCGCAUGUUCGCCGGUCUCGCACAAACUGGAGCCUGGGGAUGCUUCGAUGAAUUUAACCGCAUCAACAUUGAAGUGCUGUCCGUUGUUGCCCAACAAAUUCUCUCCAUCCUCUCCGCACUCGCUGUGGCCUCGCAUGCAUCGAAUCCAAUGGAGAAGACACGUUUUAUGUUCGAUGGACGUAUGCUUCAAUUGGUCUGGUCCUGUGGGAUUUUUAUCACUAUGAAUCCAGGUUACGCGGGACGCACGGAGCUGCCGGACAAUCUCAAAUCAAUGUUCCGUCCGAUCGCCAUGGUGGUGCCGGAUUCCUCAAUGAUUGCUGAGAUCACCCUAUUCGCCGAGGGAUUCGGCUCAACAAAGCUUCUGGCGAAGAAGGUGUUCACAUUGUACAAUUUGACUGUGCAGCAGCUCAGUAAGCAAGACCACUACGAUUUCGGCCUAAGGGCCUUGGUUUCUGUCCUUCGGUACGCCGGUCGUAAAAAGCGCUCCAGCCCGACGAUGUCCGACGAGGAGAUUCUGCUUCUAUCGCUGAAUGAUAUGAAUCUGGCAAAGCUGACCUCCGCCGACCUACCGCUAUUCCGUGGGAUCAUGGCCGACUUAUUCCCCGGAGUGGAAUCGCCUACCAUGGAUUACAGCGUUAUUAAAAAAGCGGUAGAAGCGGCCUGCCAAUCAAACAAUUUGUGCAUCAUUCCAUUCACAAUGAACAAGGUAAUACAGUUAUACGAGACAAAGAGCUCACGGCACGCGGUGAUGUUCGUUGGCAAGACUCUGUCUGGCAAGUCUACCACGUGGCGUUUGCUACAGACCAUUCACAACAGCUUGGCCAAGACACCCCAGUCCGGAUUUGAAAGAGUUCAGGAUUAUCCUCUCAAUCCAAAGGCGUUAUCUCUCGGAGAGCUAUACGGUGAAUUCAAUUUAUCGACAAACGAAUGGACGGAUGGUAUUCUGUCCUCCAUUAUGAGACAGACGUGUACAGAUGAAUCGCCAGUGUUGAAAUGGAUCGUGUUUGACGGCCCAGUCGACACGUUGUGGAUAGAGAGCAUGAACAGCGUUAUGGACGACAACAAAGUGUUGACGCUUAUAAACGGCGAACGAAUUUCCAUGCCUGAACAGGUUUCCUUAUUGUUCGAAGUUGAAGACCUGUCCGUGGCCUCACCAGCCACCGUGUCUCGCUGCGGUAUGGUCUACAACGAUGUCAAUGAUCUUGGCUGGUGGCCGUACGUCAACUCGUGGUUGGCAUCCAAGUCGGACAAAACACUGGCAGAAGAGACCAAGAGGUUAUUCGAAAAGUAUGUGGAGAAACUUCAUCAGUUCAUACGCCAAAACUGCUACACGUUGGUACCGUUGAGUGAAAUGAACACCGUGAUUUCACUGUGCAGACUACUCGACGCGCUUGCCACUCCCGAUGCAUGGGUGGAUCCGGCAGAUACGGACUACUUUGUUCGAUUGCUCGAGAUGACUUUUCAGUUUUGUAUGAUUUGGAGUAUAUGCUGUACAGUGGACGAAGAGGGUCGGAAGAAAGUCGACGCGUACAUCCGCGAACUAGAAGGCAGCUUUCCCAAUAAGGAUUCUGUCUAUGAGUACUUCGUGGAUCCCAAGGGACGAAGCUGGUCACACUGGGAGGAAAAACUGCGCACUGGCUGGAAAUAUGUCCAAAAUGAACCAUUCCACAAAAUCUUGGUACCUACUGUGGACACAGUGCGGUACCAGUUUUUGGCAGAGGCCAUGAUUCAGCGGCACAAUCCGAUAUUGAUGGUCGGUCCCGUGGGUACCGGAAAGACCUCGUUAGCGGUGAACAUUCUGAACAGCUUGGACUCUUCGACGUGGUCUCACCUGACCAUAAACAUGUCCGCUCAAACAUCCUCAAACAACGUGCAAAGUAUCAUAGAGGGCCGGGUGGAAAAGCGUACGAAGGACACGUUCGUCCCGAUCGGUGGCACACGUAUGCUCACAUUUAUGGACGACUUCAACAUGCCGGCCAAAGACCCCUUCGGCUCACAACCUCCACUAGAGCUGGUUCGACAGUGGCUGGACUACGAGUUCUGGUACGAUAGAUCGAAACAGACCAUCCGGCGUGUGACGAUGAUGGAUUUACUGGCCGCCAUGGGACCACCUGGUGGGGGCCGUACGGUUAUUUCACGGCGGUUGCAGUCCCGUUUUAGCCAAAUCGUUAUAACAUUUCCAACCGACUCUAGUUUGAAACGCAUCUAUGGCAGCAUGUUAACACAGAAGCUGGUCGAUUUCGAGGAAGAUGUCAAAUCGAUGGCGGACAACCUGCUCCAAGCCUCUAUUGAUUUGUACUUUGCUGUGGUGAAUAAGUUCCUGCCGACACCUUCGCGGAUUCAUUACUUAUUCAAUUUGAGAGACAUUUCAAAGAUCUUCCAAGGGUUGCUACGAGCCAGCAAAUCCCAAAUCGAAACACGUAAUGGUAUGCUUCGCCUGUGGAUACAUGAGGGGAUACGUGUGUUUGCUGAUCGCCUGAUCAAUGACAAGGACCGCACCGCGUAUCUGGAACUAGUGGGUGAUGCGCUUGCAACCUACUUUGAUCAAACUUACCACAGUUUGUGCCCUUCACGUCAAGCCCCAAUCUUCGCGGACUUCUUGAAUCCCAAUCAAGAGUACGAAGAUGUAACUGAUUUGAAUCGGUUGCGUACAUUCAUGACUGAAACACUGAAGGAAUACAACGAGACUCCGGGUACCGUACCGAUGGACUUAGUUCUGUUCCGAGAUGCAAUUGAGCACACUUGCAAAAUUGUCCGUGUCAUCAAUCAACCACGUGGAAACAUGCUGCUUAUUGGCAUCGGUGGCAGCGGCCGACAAAGUUUGAGUCGCUUGGCGGCUUACAUUUGCGAAUUCCAAACGUUCCAAAUCGAAGUGACGAGGCAGUAUCGAAAGCAAGAAUUCCGCGAAGAUAUCAAACGAAUGUACUGGCAAACCGGAGUGGAAAACAAACCCACCUUGUUCAUUUUCAGUGAUGCACAAGUGGCAGAUGAAUCAUUUCUGGAAGAUAUCAACAAUCUGUUGAGCUCAGGCGAAGUGCCCACUUUGUAUAAACAGGACGAGUUUGACGAAGUACGCCAAGCGUUGUUGGAUGUGGCCAAACAGAAUGGAGUCAGCGAGCAGACACAACCCAUGUUUCAAUUCUUCAUCGACCGGGUUCGGGCCAACCUGCACAUAGCACUUUGUAUGAGUCCAAUCGGUGAACCGUUCCGCAAUCGGGUCCGCAUGUUUCCGGCGUUUGUCAGCUGCACCACGAUCGACUGGUUCAGCGAAUGGCCCUUAGAAGCCUUGUUGGAAGUGGCCGAAAAGUACUUGAGCGACGUAGUCCUGAUUGUGAGCGAGCCCGAUCCACAAAUUCUCGCCAAGGCACAGACCAAAUUGCGAGCAAGCGUUGCCAAAAUUUUUGCAAACAUGCACCGAUCUGUCUCGGAUAUGGCAUUGGUUAUACUCAGCGAACUGAGGCGGCACGUCUACGUAACUCCCACCAACUACCUGGAGUUGGUUUCAGGGUACAAAAGCCUGCUAUAUCAGAAGCGAAAACAGCUCAGUGACAAAGCGAAUAAACUUGCAAACGGUUUGGGAAAGAUAGAUGAAACCCGUGAGAAGGUGGAAGUAAUGUCCGAGGAACUGGAAGAAACGCGGAAGAAGGUUGCCAACUUCCAGAAAGAAUGCGAUGACUACCUGGUUGUCAUUGUUCAACAGAAGCGGGAAGCCGAUGAACAGGCCAAGUCUGUCAUGCAAACGCAAGAGAGGAUCAAAGUGGAUGAGGUCAAAUGUAUGCACAUGGCUGAGUUAGCCAUGGCUGAUUUGGCCCAAGCCAUGCCCGCUCUCGAAGCUGCUGUGCAGGCCUUAGAAGCGUUGAACAAGAAGGAUAUCACGGAAAUUAAGUCCUACGGCAAGCCUCCGUUUUUGGUGCAAAAGGUGUUGGAAGCAGUUAUGAUUCUUCGAGGCGCCGAGCCGACUUGGACCGAGGCUAGACGUCAACUCGGGGAGCAGGAUUUCAUCAAACAGUUGGUGAACUUUGACAAGGACAACAUAAACGACAGAACAAUGAAGAAGAUAGGACUGUACUGCUCACAAGAUGACUUUCACCCGGAAGUGGUGGGAAAGGUGUCGAGUGCUGCGAAAUCCUUGUGCAUGUGGGUCCGCGCUAUAGAAGUUUACGGCCGCGUGUAUCGAGUUGUGGAGCCGAAGCGUCAACGGUUGCAACAGGCAGAGGCGGUGCUGCGUGAGAAGCAAGAAAUGUUGGCUGCCGCACAGGCGAAGCUAGACGACGUCAAUGCACAAAUGCGACGUUUGCAACAGGAGUACAACGAGAAGAUGGAACAGAAAGAAGAACUUCGACAAAAGGCGGAGCACACCGAAAAGAUGCUGGAUCGAGCGAACAAAUUGGUCAGUGGACUGGCAGGUGAAAAGUUACGUUGGGAAACGACUGUCGCAGACUUACUCCAACGGAUUGAUUUGCUCCCGGGAGAUUGCCUUCUGGCUGCUGGGUUCUUGUCCUACAUGGGACCGUUCCUGAGUGAAUACCGUGAGAAACUAGUGAAGGACUGGCUUGGUCUGGUCCGCGCAGAAGCCGCUCCAGCCACCGAUCCGUUCGUGUUCACAGAUUUCUUAGCAGACCCCACCCAAGUCCGUGAGUGGAACCUUCAAGGAUUGCCACGCGAUGUGUUUUCCGUGGAAAAUGGUGUUAUCGUUACGCGCGGUACUCGAUGGCCAUUGAUGGUGGACCCCCAAGGUCAGGCCCAGCGAUGGAUCAAGUCAAUGGAAGGGAAGGACCUUCGAGUAAUCGACCUACAAACACCCGAUUCCAUGCGCUUGUUAGAGAACGCCAUCCAAUAUGGACAACCUGUGCUUCUGCAAAACAUACAAGAUACUUUGGAUCAAGCUCUCGAUCCAAUCCUUAAUAAGUCUCUGAUCAAAGUGGGCGGAACGAUGAUUUUACGAUUGGGUGACAAAGAGGUGGAGUACAACACACAAUUCCGGUUUUACAUCACUACCAAACUACCAAACCCACAUUAUACACCGGAAAUUUGCUCCAAAACGGCGGUCGUAAAUUUUGCGGUAAAACAGCAAGGUCUAGAGGCUCAGCUUCUGGGCACUGUAGUUCGUAAAGAGCGCCCAGAGCUAGAAGAGCAGAAGGACAAACUGGUUAUCGGUAUUGCGGCCGGUAAACGGAAACUAGCCGACCUGGAAGAUGAGAUUUUGCGCCUACUCAAUGAAGCCCAGGGUUCUCUGUUGGACGAUGAACAACUGGUGAACACAUUGCAGACGUCAAAAACAACCUCCACCGAGGUAACUGAACAAUUGCAAAUAGCGGAGAAGACGGAAGCUCAAAUCGAUGCUGCUCGAGAAGGCUAUCGCCCUUGUGCACAACGCGCUUCUGUUUUAUUCUUUGUUCUGAACGACCUGGGUCGCAUAGAUCCAAUGUAUCAAUUCGCUCUGGACGCAUACAUCGAUCUCUUUAAUCUUAGCAUUGAUAAAAGCCCAAGAUCCGGCAAGUUGGAAGAUCGUAUCCUCCACCUGAAUGACUAUCAUACCUAUGCUGUCUACCGGUACACUUGUCGUGGUUUGUUUGAACGCCACAAGUUACUAUUCUCAUUCCAAAUCUGUGUAAAGAUUCUGGAGUCCGCUGGAAAACUGAAUCAAGAGGAGUACAACUUUUUCCUUCGCGGUGGGAUCGUGCUAGAUCGUGAAAACCAAUUUGACAAUCCAUGCUCCGCUUGGCUCUCGGAGCAAUGCUGGGACAAUCUAACGGAGUUAGAUAAGCUGGCUAAUUUUCACGGUUUGAUAACUUCGUUCGAACAGUAUCCUCGAGAUUGGAAUGUGUGGUUCACUGCCGCUGAGCCAGAGAACACUGCAUUACCAGGGGAGUGGGAUAAUACGACAAACGAGUUUCAACGGAUGCUCAUCAUACGAUCGCUGAGGCCAGAUCGGGUUUCAUUUUGUGCGACCUCGUUUAUCACCAGCAACCUGGGCAAUCGGUUUGUUGAGCCACCAGUGUUGGACAUGAAGCAAGUGGUGGAAGACAGCAACGCGCGGACCCCGUUAAUCUUCGUCCUUUCUACUGGAGUGGAUCCAACAACUGGUCUCCUACAACUAGCAGAAAACUGCGGCAUGGCCAAAAAGUUCAACUGUCUGUCGCUGGGACAAGGACAAGCUCCGAUUGCGACGCGUUUAAUUAAGGAGGGAAUCCGUGAGGGUAACUGGGUGUUUCUGGCCAACUGUCAUCUAUCCUUGUCUUGGAUGCCAGCGUUGGACAAGAUCGUGGAACAACUGUCGGUAGAAGGGACAAACAGCGAUUUCCGCUUGUGGUUGUCAUCAAACCCGAACCCAAAGUUCCCGAUCUCAAUACUGCAAGCAGGAAUCAAGAUGACCACAGAGCCACCAAAAGGUCUUCGUGCUAAUAUGAAACGACUGUACCAUUUGAUCAAGGAAGACCAGUUCACAACAUGCCACAAGCCGGAAAAAUACAAGAAGCUCUUGUUUUGCUUGUGCUUUUUCCACUCCAUUUUACUGGAGCGUCGUAAGUUCCUCAUGCUCGGAUGGAAUAUCCCGUACGAGUUCAAUGACUCUGACUUCGAAGUGUCCGAACAUCUACUUACCAACUACCUGGACCAGUACGAGGAGACCGCUUGGGAUGCGCUACGUUACCUAAUCGCAGACAUAAACUAUGGAGGUCACGUGACUGAUGACUGGGAUCGCCGUCUGCUCAACACGUACAUCAAUGAAUACUUUAAAGAGGAUGCUAUCAAAGAGCCAUUCUUUAAGCUGUCCUCUCUGACCCAUUAUUAUAUACCGCGUGACGGAACGUUGAAUGCCUACCGCGAAUUUGCCUCCAUGCUGCCCCAAAUGGAUCACCCGGAAGCCUUCGGACAGCAUCCGAACGCGGACAUCACAUCACAAAUUCAAGAAUCCCGGAUGCUACUUGAUACGUUACUCUCUCUUCAACCACAAGUCGCGAGUGGAACCGGGGUCUCACGCGAAGACUUGGUGUUGGAACUCAUUGAUAAUUUGCAAAAGCAGAUUCCUGAAGACAUAGAUUACGACGGUACGGUGAAGAUAUUUGCCAACGAUUCGUCUCCUUUGGUCGUUGUACUGUUGCAAGAAAUUCAGCGAUACAACGCCCUGUUAAGACAAAUGCGACGGGACUUGACUGACUUGAGCAAAGGCAUCCAAGGCCUUGUAGUUAUGUCAUCCGAACUGGAGGACAUCUUCAUGGCCAUAUUCGACGGACACGUCCCAGUGCACUGGAGCAAGGCGUAUUGCUCGUUGAAGCCGCUCGGUUCAUGGGCCAGAGACUUGUCCACUCGAGUCGAUAUGUUUGCGAAGUGGGCGCGAACCGCACACGCACCGAAGGCAUUUUGGAUCGGAGCGUUCACGUUCCCCACUGGGUUCUUGACUGCAGUGCUGCAAACUGCGGCGCGUCAGAACAAUGUUGCAGUGGACAGCCUGAGUUGGGAUUUCUCCGUCCUCACCACCACAGAUGUGAAUAUGCUUCCAACUCCAAAAGACGGUGUGUACAUCUGCAACCUGUACCUGCAGGGUGCCGGCUGGGACAAAAAGGCUGGAUGUCUGACGGAAGCAACUCCAAUGCAGCUGGUGUGCCCAAUGCCCGGGAUACAUUUCAAACCGGUUGAGAAUAAAAAGAAACCGCCUAAAAACACUUAUGUGGCACCAUGCUAUUACUACCCAAAUCGCGCGGGCACCUCAGAUCGCUCUUCGUUCAUGAUUGGUGUGGAACUAAAGACGGGUGAGAAGCCGCCUGAGCACUGGAUCAAACGUAGUACAGCACUCCUCAUGAAUCUAGACACAUAGAAAGCAGCCGAUGGGGAAAACACAGAAUGUAACCAGGCGAGCAGCUCGUUACAAAGAAAUUGUCUCCGGCCCAUACCACAUGUCUUUGAGUUUCCGAAACUUACACACCAACGAACCAGAUUCGAUUGUACAAAGUCAUAAAUAGGGUACUGUUUUAUGAUCGAAGUGUCAUAAAUGCAAUGUAUUCCGAAUGUA